AUGUCCACAGGGGGUACGGAUCACGAUCCCCUCGCUCCCACAGGCCCCAGGUCGAGCCACGCUGCUGAAAAGACGCAGAGUGCUGGUCAAGUUGCCCUAGGAAUGGAGCGAGCCGGGCCUAAGGUAGAAGGCCAGGCGUCAGUCCGCCUCACGCAGCAAGGGCUGCCUGAGGAUGGCAAGCUCAAGAAAAAGAAGAAGCUGGUGGUGCUGAAGACUGCAGCGCGCGGGAGUUUGGCACCAGUGGCACAGGUUGAAUCGCCCGAGGGAGAUCUCGAGGCGUAUGUGGGGGAGGAGCUCCUCGGUUUGCUAUCAAGCUUGGAGGAGCGGCAGAAGAAGAUCGAGACCAAGUUGGAGGGAUGGAUGGACAAGCAGUGUGAUGGCAUGCAGCGCCAGGACAAGCUGCUGGGUGAGCUCUUGGGUCACCUCGCCUCGAAGUCGAUGGUCAGUUUCGAGGAGCGGCGGCAGAUCGCGGACACCAGGAAGCGCUUCGGCUUCGAAGGGAAGGACAAGAAGCCCGCCCUCAGCCGUGCAGCCUCCGACGGUGCUGUGAUGAGCACCGACACGAUUCGCCCACCUCGACAGAAGGACAGAGAGCAGCACAUCCGGAACUGGGAAGAGCGCGAGAGAGCGAAGCUCCUAGUUCCUCCAGCAACGUCGCGAGGUCCCGCUGCCGGCGCAGGCGAGGAGCGUUCCGUGUCCUUCAGCUCUGUGCAGGAGCAGCGCUCGGUCUCCUUCGUCCCUCGAGAGACCGUCGAUCUCGAGACCAACGUGGAAGGCAAAGCCUCCCUAUUCACAGCGAAAUCCGUCAAAAGCGGGCCGCGGGCUUCUGCCGGCAAUCUCAGCAAGGUGGCGCAGAUCAAGACCAUCCGCUGCUCCGUGGAGCGCGAAGAGGCCUUCUCACAGCUGCGCAAGAAUCAGAUGGGCGAACGGUAUGGGACAAAGGGGACAUUUGGAUCGCGGGAGAAGUUCGUCGCCAACGUAACCUCGGCGGUUCGAUCUCAGUGGCUUGAGUGGUGCACUCUGACUGUCACGGUGCUCUCUGCAGUUCUUGUCGGCUGGGAGGUGGACCGUGCGGCUGAGUCCUCGGCGGACUUGCCUGCUGUGCUGGUGGUCUUCAAACACCUGACGACGCUCUUGUUCCUGAUGGAGGUCAGCGCUCGCAUUUUGGUGGACGGGAAGGAGUUCUUCGACCCUUAUGGAGAUGACAUCGGCUGGCACGUCCUGGAGAUUAUCAUGGUCACGGCAGGCAUUGCCGAGUUCAUCGUGGACUGUGCUGGCUUUUCAGGACAGGCAAGCUUCCUGGUAGUCAUCCGAAUCGGGCGGGCUGCCCGCCUGCUGCGCAUCCACCGCGUGCUCCAGAAGGUCCCCGCGCUGCGCAUGAUCUACCACUCCAUGCUGGCAACGACCCGCUCGCUGUUUUGGGCCAUUGCCAUGCUGUCCAUCGUCAUCUACUGCUUCGCCAUUGUCUUCCAGCAGGUUGCGACACGGGUUUAG